UAAUUUCACACACACACACUCAUUAAAGAUUUGCCCCUGUCACCAACUAUUUAAUCCCAUCAAAAUCAAAAUGGCGUCUUCUCUCUCUACCAAACCUUUUCUCGGCGGACCUUUAUCUUCCGACGAACCUUCACGUCUCGGUUCCCUCCUCCAUUCCGAUCUCCGUCCUGCAUCUGUCCAAUUCUCCCCCACGCGCCGUUCACGUGCCAAAACUCUCGAGAUAAAGGCGGCUGGAAGCUCAUACGGAGAAUUCUUUCGUGUUACAACCUUUGGUGAAUCUCAUGGUGGAGGAGUCGGUUGCGUGAUUGAUGGAUGCCCUCCACGUCUUCCACUUUCCGAGGCUGAUAUUCAAGGAGAUCUUGACAGAAGGAGGCCAGGUCAAAGCCGAAUCACUACACCUAGGAAAGAAACUGACACAGCUACUAUAUAUUCUGGUGUUGCUGAAGGUUUUACUACUGGAACUCCUAUCAAAAUCGAAGUACCCAAUACAGACCAAAGGGGAAAAGAUUACAGUGAAAUGUCAAUGGCUUAUAGACCUUCUCAUGCUGAUGCAACUUAUGACUUCAAGUAUGGUACAAGAUCAGUUGAGGGUGGUGGACGAUCAUCAGCUAGAGAGACAAUUGGGAGAGUCGCCGCUGGUGCUGUUGCCAAGAAAAUCCUCAAGUUAUAUUCAGGAACUGAGAUUCUUGCCUACGUCUCUCAAGUUCACAAGGUUGUACUUCCAGAGGGCUUAGUGGAUCAUGAAACGUUUACCCUUGAUCAAGUAGAAAGCAACAUCGUUAGGUGCCCAAAUCCCGAGUAUGCAGAAAAGAUGAUUGCUGCCAUUGACGAGGUCCGGGUGAGAGGUGAUUCUGUUGGUGGUGUUGUUACAUGUAUUGUCAGAAAUGUCCCACGUGGACUUGGCUCACCAGUUUUUGACAAACUUGAAGCUGAGUUGGCUAAGGCGGCUUUGUCAUUACCUGCAACAAAGGGCUUUGAGUUUGGCAGUGGAUUUGCAGGUACCUUUUUGACUGGUAGUGAGCAUAAUGAUGAGUUUUUCACGGAUGAACUUGGGCGGGUCAGAACAAGAACAAACCGAUCAGGUGGAAUACAGGGUGGGAUAUCUAACGGAGAGACCAUAAACAUGAGAAUAGCUUUCAAACCUACAUCUACAAUCAGUAGGAAGCAAAAUACAGUGACCAGAGAUAAAAAGGAAACAGAACUUAUCGCUCGUGGCCGACAUGAUCCCUGUGUUGUUCCAAGAGCGGUUGUCAUGGUGGAAGCGUCAGUGGCCUUAGUCCUGAUGAAUCAGUUACUUGCACAACACGCUCAGUGUCAGUUAUUCCCCAUCAAUCCUGAUUUCCAAGAGCCAUUGCACCAAAGUUAAACGGAGUAGCAUUUCGUUUACACACUCACAAAACUUGACCCAGAAUUGCAGAUACCCUUUAAAAAGAGGCAAGUUCAUAUACUCUUUUGCAACCUUUUAUUGAUUUGUGACAAUAGAUGGCUAUCUUUGUUAGUUACAACACAUGUAAUUGAUGGUCACUGGUAAGUAGACCUGGAUGGGUAUUAUUUUUGGCUUCUAUUAUAUUUUGGUUUGUUUCCCCCAGAAUAGUCUGGAAUUUUGCAAUAAAUAAGAGUGAUUUAUUAUUGUUC